ACAAGACAAAACACUCAGCAAGCUAUACCUUUCCACCUCAGUCUCCGCAGAAAGACACUCCUCCCUGAAGUCGGGCGCUGGAAGGGCUGAGUAGGGAGCCAUGGCUGAGGACAAAAGCAAGGGAGACUCCCUGAGGAUGAGUAGAAAGGGUUGCCAGACAAAUAAUGGGUUUGUCCAAAAUGAAGACAUCCCAGAGCUAGACCAAGAGCCUGGCAACUCCAGCGAUCCCCCACCGCACAAGCUGGUGGACUUCCUGGACUCAGGUGAGCCUGGCAACACCAGCCUCCGGCCCUUCGCUGGGAUGCCCAAGGAGGUGCUGUUCCAGUUCUCUGGCCAAGCCCGCUACCGCGUGCCCCGGCUGCUCCUCUUCUGGCUCACCUUGGCUUCUGUGCUUCUGCUCAUUGCCAUCACCAUAGCCAUCAUUGCCAUCUCUCCCAAGUGCCUGGACUGGUGGCAGGCCGGCCCCAUGUACCAGAUCUACCCAAGGUCUUUCAAGGACAGCGACAUGGAUGGGAAUGGAGACUUGAAAGGUAUUCAAGAUAAACUGGACUAUAUCAGUACUUUAAAUAUAAAAACGGUUUGGCUUACUUCUUUUUAUAAGUCAUCGCUUAAAGAUUUUAGAUAUGCAGUUGAAGAUUUCCAAGAAAUUGAUCCUAUUUUUGGAACAAUGACAGAUUUUGAGAAUCUGAUUGUGGCCAUACAUGAUAAAGGUUUAAAAUUAGUAAUUGAUUUCAUCCCAAACCACACCAGUGAUAAACAUGCUUGGUUUCAGUGGAGUAGAAACCGGACUGGGAAAUAUACUGACUAUUACAUCUGGCAUGACUGUAGUCAUGAAAUGGGCAUCACUAUACCACCUAACAACUGGUUAAGUGUAUAUGGAAACUCCAGCUGGCACUUUGAUGAAGUGCGGAAGCAAUGCUAUUUUCACCAGUUCCUGAAAGAGCAACCUGAUUUAAAUUUCCGAAAUCCUGAUGUUCUACAAGAAAUAAAUGAAAUAAUGAAGUUCUGGCUUGCAAAGGGUGUUGAUGGCUUUAGUUUCGAUGCUGUUAAAUUUCUUCUGGAAGCCAAGCAUCUGAGAGAUGAGAUCCAAGUAAAUAAAUCUCAAACUCCGGACACAGUCACCCGUUACUCUGAGUUGUACCAUGACUUCACUACCACGCAAGUGGGAAUGCAUGAGAUCAUUCAGAGCUUCCGGCAGACCAUGGACCAGUACAGCAGAGAGCCUGGCAGAUACAGGUUCAUGGGGACUGAAGCUUAUGCAGAGAGUAUUGACAGAACCAUGAUGUACUAUGGCUUGCCAUUUGUCUAUGAAGCUGAUUUUCCUUUCAACAGUUAUCUUAACACACUAGACACUCUUUCUGGGAACACAGUGUAUGAGGUUAUCACAUCCUGGAUGCAAAACAUGCCAGGAGGAAAAUGGCCUAAUUGGAUGACCGGUGGACCAGAGACUAUUCGACUGAGUUCUCGCUUCGGGAACCAAUAUGUCAACACUAUGAACAUGCUUCUUUUUACACUCCCUGGAACUCCCAUAACUUACUAUGGAGAAGAAAUAGGAAUGGGAAACAUUGUAUCCACUGAUCUCAAUGAAAUUUAUGAUACUAAUACCCUUUUGUCAAAGUCACCAAUGCAGUGGGACAAUAGUUCAAAUGCUGGGUUUUCUGAAGCCAAUCAUACCUGGUUACCUAUCAAUUCAGAUUACCACAUUGUGAAUGUUGAUGUCCAGAAAACACAGCCCAGAUCAGCUUUAAAAUUGUAUCAAGAUUUAACUUUCCUUCAUGUCAAUGAGCUGCUUCUCAGCAGGGGCUGGUUUUGCCUUUUGAGCAAUGACAGCAACACUGUCGUUUACACAAGAGAACUGGAUGGCAUAGACAGAAUCCUUAUCGUGCUUCUGAAUUUUGGAGGAUCAUCAACACAACUAAAUCUACAGGAAAUGAUUUCAGGUCUUCCAACAAAACUGAGAAUAAAACUAAGUACCAAUUCUGUCUCCAAAAGCAGUGAAAUUGAUACGAGUGGUAUUCUGCUGGAGAAGGGAGAUGGCAUCAUCUUGGAAUACAAGACAAAAAAUCUCUUUCACUAUCAAACAGCUUUCAAAGACAAGUGCUUUGUUUCCAACCGUGCAUGCUAUUCCAGUGCCUUAAACAUUCUGCACAAGCUGUGUUAG